AAAAAAGAAAAAGAAAAAAUAAGAGAGAAACAAUUAUUAAAAAAAAAACACAAAAGAAUAAAGAAAAACAUUAAACAAUGGCCAAGGUUGUAGCUCUCGCAUCCGCCCUCUACAUCUUGGCCCUUGCCGCCAUCUCUAACGCCCACAACAACCUCUUCUUAUUCAAUGUCGAGGGCGACGUCUACUGUGACCCGUGCCGUGUCCAAUUCGAAACCGAGCUAUCACAAAAGCUUGUCGGUGCCACCGUGCGCCUGGAGUGCAGACACGCGGACACCAAGACCGUGAUCUACUCGUUGGAGGGGAUCACGGGCCCCAACGGGCACUACAACCUCUCGGUGGUCGGGGACCACGGGGAUGAGAUUUGUGAAGUCUCAGUUGUCAAUAGCCCGAACAACGAAUGCAACGAGCCGUUGGGCGAGAAGUCGAGGGUUGUGCUAUCUAACAACGAUGGCAUGCACUCGACUGUGAGGAUCGCCAAUGCUAUCGGGUUCCAGACAAAGACUGCCCUCCCACAGUGUGGGCCCGUCCUCUUCAACAUGGGCGUUGUCGUUGAAUCACGAUAAAUAUGCUUUUUUUUUGUUCAAUUUCUCUCAUAUUUUAUAAUUAUUUAAUUAUCAUUUAUUACAAAAAUUUUUGUCUGUUUUGUUUAUGAAUGAGGGAAAGAUUUGCUUCUCAUGUUGCUAUGUGUAUCUAUCCAUGUGACAAUAGAAAAGAGAAUGAAAUGAACUGAUUAGUUGUUGUUUUUCUAGUCAUGAGGGUGUAACUUUUUUGUGCUUUCCAUAAAAUAAAGAUUUGUUUUGGAUUAAAUAUUAUUUCUGCAAUA